AUGUUGAGCUGAAGCCUUAUGAGCGGUAUAGUUUUAAACCUUUAGAACUUGUCCCGGAUCAUGAAUGGAUUCUAAAGGAGAACGUCAAAAAGGCGGCGAAAUCACCAUGUUGGAGAAAAGGAAAGUCGAUGGAAAUGAAGUAAUUGUGAACGUCUCGACUGAAGGGGAUGCAAAAGCUGUUACUGAGGACAGGGGUUCUGAGGAGUUGGAAACUGCUGCUCCGAAGCAAACCCGGCUGGAUUCUCCCUGCAAGGCAUUCACUGAAUCAUGCCCGUCUCCCGAAAUAGCGAGUCUCAGCCCUAAAGCUCCCAAUGCUAAUGAAUCUCUCGUUAGGAAAAGGAGUCUCAACAGGUUGGUGUUCUCAAAACCGAAGUCGAGGUUUGGGGAGCAACUGUAUCUUUUUGAUACCACUAUGUUUGAAGAAGAGCCCAAUGCACUGUUGCAAGAACAAGUUGGUGGGCACUCUCCUUUCAGAGGCUCAUUUAAUUGGGCAUCACCCAAUAACAGAUCAACAAGUUCGACCAGGAAUGUUCCAGUCUUUCAGAAGACACCACUCAUGGCAUCUCCGGGAUCAACAGUAGGAGGAGGUGGAGGGGAGGAUGAUAAAGAGUUCUACAAACAAGUUACUCUUGAAUUGAGCCAAGCAAAGCAUAAGAGGAUAAAGACCAAGACUUUGGUGGAAUGGACCGUGUUUUUUCUCAUUCUCGGGUGCUUGGUGGCUAGUUUAACGGUCGAUCAAUUGGAAGCAUGUAAGCUAUGGGGUUUAGAGAUGUGGAAGUGGUGUGUACUUGCGGUGGUGCUAUUCUCUGGCAUGUUGGUUACCAAUUGGGUGAUGCAUUUCAUAGUUUUCUUGAUUGAGAGGAAAUUUUUACUUUGGAAAAAGGUACUCUACUUCGUUCAUGGUUUGAAGAAGAGCGUUCAAGUUUUCACUUGGUUGGCCUUUGUUCUUCUCACGUGGGUACUGUUAUUCAAUCGAGGCGUCAAGAGGUCGAAGAUUGCCGAUGAGGUUAUGGAUUACAUAACCUGGACUCUAGCCUCAAUUCUUAUCGGUUCAUUCCUAUGGUUCUUCAAGACUUUACUGCUGAAGAUAUUAGCAUUGCGUUUCCACCUCUCUGUAUUUCUGGAUCGAACUCAAGAAUCGAUCUUCCAUCACUACAUUUUGCAAACCUUAUCCGGGCCGCCUCUUAUUGAGGAGGCUGAGAGGAUAGUGAAAGAUCCUAGUGCCCACGAGUUUAGUUUCAGAUUUCUGGUGAAAGGUAAAAUGAGAAAGGAAAAGAAGGUGAUUGAUAUGGGGAAGAUAUAUAGGAUAAAGAAAGAAAAGAUUUCGGCUUGGACAAUGAAGAUGUUGAUUGAUGCGGUGAAAUUUUCGGGGCUAUCGACCUUAUCAAAUACGUUGGAUGAAAGCAUAGAUUAUGGAGGAGUUGAGCAAGCGCAUAAGGAGAUAACAAAUGAGAGGGAAGCGAUGGCCGCUGCGUAUCACAUUUUCAAUAAUGUCGCUCAGCCGAAUUGCAAGUACUUCGAUGAAGACGAUCUUAGGAGGUUCAUGAUAAAGGAAGAGGUGGAUCUUAUCUUCCCAUUGCUUGAAGGAGCAGAAGACGGAAAAAUUGACAGAAAAUCUUUGACAAACUGGGUGGUGAAGGUUUAUCACAGCCAUAAAGCGCUGGUGUAUGCUUUAGCCGACACGAAAACAGCAGUAAGGCAAUUGAACAAUCUUGUAAUGGGAAUAUUGAUCAUUAUUACCAUCAUCAUAUGGCUUCUUUUGAUGGAAAUUGCUACGACCAAAGUCCUACUCCUGCUUUCGUCCCAGCUUGUCAUGGCAGCUUUCAUUUUCGGCAACACAUGCAAGGCAAUGUUUGAGGGAAUCAUCUUCGUAUUUGUUAGGCAUCCAUUUGAUGUUGGCGAUUGUUGUCUUAUUGAUGGUGUUCAGUUGAUGGUGGAGAAGAUAAACAUCUUGAGCACUGUCUUCUUGACGCUCGAUAAUGAGCUAAUCAACUAUCCGAAUUCGGUUUUGGCUACGAAACCUAUAAUCAAUUACCGCAGAAGUCUAGACGGGCGUGACAAAGUGGAGUUCUCGAUUGAAUUUAUGACCCCAUUGGAAAAAAUCGGAGCAAUGAAAGAGAGAAUAAAAAAGUACUUGGAGAAAAAUCCGCUACACUGGCACCUGAACCACGACGUGUUUGUGAGUGAAAUCGAGAAUCUGAACAAGAUUAAGAUGGGGCUCUACGUCAAUCACACGUUGAACUUCCAACACUAUGUAGAGAAGAACAGGCGGAGGACUGAACUACUCCUCGAGUUAAAAAGAAUAUUUGACGACUUGAAUAUUAGAUAUGAUCUCCUUCCUCGAGAGGUCCAUCCGUUGCAGAGUGAGGAUAAGAAAGAGGCAUGAAGGGCAGGCGAUGAUUGCAUUUGGCCGUUGAAAUCUCCGACAGUCUGGCAAAAUCUUCAGUCCGCUUUCUGGUAAAUGAGAUGACUAGGUCUUUGAUAGACUGGACUUAUGUAAUUGUUCCUUUCAUGUAAUAACGGAGCGAGGUCAAUAGAAGACAGUCGCAUUGCCUUGGGCAUGUGAGAUAUUUUGGCUUGGUGACUCAGUCGCCGUUAGCCUUUGAAACAUUGAGGCUGGCAGCUAAGAACGAUGUCAGCGAAUGUAAUGUACCUUUUAUCU